AGUCACCACUCCGCACGCUGCAGGAGAGAGUGGCAGACGGAGGCGGCCCCGGAGAGCGAGCCAUAGCGACGCCCGCGCGGCUGCAGCUGCAACGUUGACACCGCCCAGGGCAGGGGUUCCCCAGACGGCUGGAGCGAUCCAUUUUGAAGCCAAGGUGGAUGUUUUCAGGGCUGAACCACUGACCAGAGUUGUGCAUAAUUCUUGUGUUUUCCUUGGCCAUCAGUUGAGAGAAAAUGGAAGACACUUACAAGGAUAGGACUUCAUUGAUGAAGGGCGCCAAGGACAUAGCCAAAGAGGUGAAGAAGCAAACUGUCAAGAAGGUGAAUCAAGCAGUGGACAGAGCCCAGGAUGAAUACACCCAGAGGUCUUACCAUCGGUUCCAAGAUGAAGAAGAGGAUGAUGACUAUUACCCGCCUGGAGAGACCUAUGAUGGCGAGGCCCGUGAUGAUGAAGGCUCCAGUGAAGCUACUGAGGGUCAUGACGAAGAUGAUGAAAUCUAUGAAGGGGAAUAUCAGGGAAUUCCCAGUACAAACCAAGGGAAGGACAGCAUCGUGUCAGUGGGGCAGCCCAAGAGCAAUGAAUACAAGGACCGACGGGACCUAGAAUCAGAGAGGAAAGCUGAUGAGGAAGAACUAGCCCAGCAGUAUGAGCUGAUCAUCCAAGAAUGUGGCCAUGGCCGUUUUCAGUGGGCUCUCUUCUUUGUGCUGGGCAUGGCCCUGAUGGCGGAUGGCGUGGAGGUGUUUGUCGUUGGCUUUGUAUUGCCCAGCGCAGAGACAGACCUGUGCAUACCAAAUUCAGGAUCCGGAUGGCUAGGCAGCAUAGUGUACCUCGGGAUGAUGGUGGGGGCGUUCUUCUGGGGAGGACUGGCAGACAAAGUGGGAAGGAAACAGUCUCUUCUGAUUUGUAUGUCUGUCAACGGAUUCUUUGCCUUCCUUUCUUCAUUUGUCCAAGGUUAUGGCUUCUUUCUCUUCUGUCGCUUACUUUCUGGAUUCGGGAUCGGAGGUGCCAUUCCCACUGUAUUCUCCUACUUUGCGGAAGUGCUAGCCCGAGAGAAGAGGGGUGAGCAUCUCAGCUGGCUCUGCAUGUUCUGGAUGAUUGGUGGCAUCUAUGCAUCUGCCAUGGCCUGGGCCAUCAUCCCGCACUACGGGUGGAGCUUCAGCAUGGGGUCGGCCUACCAGUUCCACAGUUGGCGGGUGUUCGUGAUCGUCUGUGCCCUCCCCUGCGUCUCCUCCGUGGUGGCCCUCACGUUCAUGCCCGAAAGCCCACGUUUCUUACUGGAGGUUGGAAAACAUGAUGAAGCUUGGAUGAUUUUGAAGUUAAUUCACGACACAAACAUGAGAGCCCGGGGGCAGCCUGAGAAGGUCUUCACAGUAAACAGAAUCAAAACUCCAAAACAAAUAGAUGAGCUGAUUGAAAUUGAAAGUGACACAGGGACGUGGUACAGGAGGUGUUUUGUUCGGAUUCGCACAGAACUGUAUGGAAUUUGGUUGACUUUCAUGAGAUGUUUCAACUACCCCGUCAGGGAAAAUACAAUAAAACUUACGAUCGUUUGGUUCACCCUGUCAUUUGGGUACUAUGGAUUAUCUGUGUGGUUUCCUGACGUCAUUAAACAUCUGCAGUCCGAUGAAUAUGCAUUACUAAUUAGAAAGGUGCAGAAAGAGAAAUAUGCAAAUUUCAGUAUUAACUUUACAAUGGAAAAUCAGAUUCACACUGGAGUGGAAUACGACAAUGGCAGAUUUCUAGGUGUCAAGUUCAAAUCCGUAACUUUCAAAGAUUCAGUUUUUAAGGCCUGCACCUUUGAGGAUGUGACUUCAGUUAACACCUACUUCAAGAACUGCACCUUUAUUGAUACUGUUUUUGACAACACAGAUUUUGAGCCAUAUAAAUUCAUUGACAGUGAAUUUCAAAACUGCUCAUUUUUUCACAACAAAACCGGAUGCCAGAUUACCUUCGAUGAUGACUACAGUGCCUACUGGAUUUAUUUUGUCAACUUCCUUGGGACACUGGCAGUGUUGCCAGGGAACAUCGUGUCUGCUCUCUUGAUGGACAGAAUCGGGCGCUUAACAAUGCUAGGUGGCUCUAUGGUGCUUUCGGGGAUCAGCUGUUUCUUCCUUUGGUUCGGCACCAGUGAAUCCAUGAUGAUAGGCAUGCUGUGUCUGUACAAUGGGUUGACCAUCUCGGCCUGGAACUCUCUGGAUGUGGUCACAGUGGAACUAUACCCCACAGACCGAAGGGCAACAGGCUUUGGCUUCUUGAAUGCACUUUGCAAAGCAGCGGCUGUGCUUGGAAACUUAAUAUUCGGCUCCCUGGUGGGUAUCACCAAAGCAAUCCCCAUCCUGCUGGCCUCCACUGUGCUCGUGUGUGGAGGACUGGUGGGGCUCCGCCUGCCUGACACACGAACCCAGGUCCUGAUGUGACAGAGAAGAACCAUCGCCCGUGUCCAUGCUCUCGACCGGCUCAAAGCUUCGGAUUGUUCAGAUCAAGAAAGGUGGUCAAAUAUCAGAACACUGAUACUUGCUGUGACAAAAAUGUAGAUGCGUACCAUCUUGCCCAUUCAGUGUGAUUUUGCAGAGGUUUUUUUCCCCUCAUGUAUUGUUAUCUUUCCUACCUGUGAUGCUACUGCCUUCCAAAAAUCAGUGGGAACAUUUUUAAAAUAUCCUAGUCAGCUGGGCCUUGCUGAGAUUCUGCUGGCUGAAGGGUUAGAAGCAAAGAAGAGGACUGUGCUGUCGUAAGAAAUAGAUCCUGUUCCUAAUUCAACACUCACAGGAAAUAUAAGUUAGCAUAUUAUUUAGCAAUUGUGCUGAGGAGAGGGGUUCUUUUUUUUUUUUUUUUUUUAAGCAGAGUGAUAUUUCCUGUUUACUUAGAAAAGGACACCCAGCAAGUCUCACUAUUACAGCAGGGCCUUUCAAAGAAAAUCAUGUGGCACUGAACAGCUGGGUGGAGCUCCUUCAGCACUCACAAUUAAGGUGACCCUGCUGACAAGACAAAUAAAGGCUCUUGCAGUUAGCACAGAUCUGAGUGACCUGCAUACGCAAGAUUGUUGCUGAAAGGACCAAUUCAAUCUCAAACUAUGAAGGAGACUGUGAUUGUGGUAUGUGGUUCAGAACGUUAGAAAAUCAGAGAUUGAUUUUCUGCCUCUGUUGACUGCCAGCCCCACCCCCUACAUCAGCUGCCAUUGAUCUAGCCAAGAGCAGGUUCCUUCCAGGAGAGAACCGCUUUCUAAAAUCUGGGUCUUUCUACCUGUUGUUAUCAUCCUUGUCAAGUGUCUCUAGUCUAGAGAUUGUCAAUCACCCAAAUUGUUGUAGAUUGCAAAUUAGGGAGGAAUUUACACCUUCAGCUCUUUGGAAAUGCGAAGUGAUAUUUGAGGGUACCAUAUCCUGAGGGAAGGUGCCCCAAGUAGUUGACUUGUGACUUUCUAACUGUGCCUGUGUGGGUCCUACUUGGCUGGCUGCUGCUGGGAGGGUGCUCCCUGGCUGGGAGGCUGCUGGUGGCCGAGAGGACCCUGCCUGGCUGGCUAUGAAGACCCUCUCUCAGACAUGGGCAGCAUGUCCUGGUGGUGGUUGGGCUGUUCAUUUUACCUCUGGAAUCUGUCUGGACGUGGAAGAGAAAGGUCAGCAGGAUGUUCCCAGGGGCUACAUGACCUUUUCACCCUUGGGCCUGCCCCUCCUCGAAGCUCAUCUGUUUUACUCAUCUUCUUUGAAAUCUGAAGCCUCCCUGAGACUGGCUGGGAUGACCAGCUACCAGGAGUAAUCCCAUAUUUGAACAGUAUCCCUUCUUUAACUCCAAGUCUUGCUGGAGGAUAGGCCUUAUUACUUACUAUAGGCAUUUCCAGCAGAGUCCAGUCUGGGGCCUCCAGAGGUUGGGCCUUUGUUUCCAAUAGUUCUUACAUUUAAGGAUGUCUUAAACCCUGAGGCUCUCUGUCUGCCCUCCCCUUCUUAAGGGCCUCCUAGAGCUCCCUAGGGGACUGCCAGUCCAGGCUCCAUGAAAAAGCUUCUUUCACUAGCAUGGGACAUUAAUUGACUCCCCGUUGAAGUUAUGCAGGUCUGUAAGGGGGGCAGCAUGGAGUUGAGAGUGACAGGAAAAGGAUGGUUCCCUAGGGAUAUGGGAUCCAGGCCAGCGCAGGAGAAAACUAACCUCAAACUGCAAAGGUUGUGGGAAGAAGCAGACAGGCUGAGAUCUAUUAGAAUGAUACCAACGACACAGAAAGAAACAACUUGCUGUCAUUUCUGCCUGUUGUAAUCUUAUUAGUGAACCACGGCAGUGGUCAGACAACCCAAGAAAGUAUCCUGUAUGUUACACUUCACCCAGAUAGACUCACCAUCCCUCCCCACUAUCCUGUGAUUUCUACUCCUUAAAAAAAAAAAAAGACAUAUUUGGGGAACCUGACAGGUUUAUUUUUAAUUGAGUAUGGCAUAUUCAGUAAUAACUGCAAAAGUAAAAUGUGUGUCUCCAUCAAUCCAUUCAAAAGAAAAAUGGAGAUGGGUGUGGGUGUCACUGUCUCUAGUCUGUUGUGACAGUUAACUUUUGCUUGUGGGCUGGUCUUUGCUUUUAAAAAUGUUUUUGCUAAUGUCGGUAUUAGGUCUAAAUGCCUGGACUAUCUCCUAAGAAGCAGAGUAGAUUAUGCCAAAUGUAUGUGAAUGCUGCCUUGGUUCAGAAUAAGAUAAACCAAGUGCAUCCCACUUGAUGAGGCUUGCCAUCAUGCAUCCCCUACAGAAAGACUGUUUUUGGCCUUCCUAUCACCUAAUCCAAGCCUGCCAGGUGGCCCAAGUGGGAUCUCAUCUCAUCUCUUGGACAGUCUCUGGUCACAAACCUUCUUGGGCACCUUUCAUGCAGUAUCUCUGCCAUGCUACGCUGUUUCUAUUGCCUUGAUUUGCUAUGAGAGUGCAAGUCGUCUCUAAACUAUGUGGUGUGGCCUGUCUGGCUUGUUCUGGGUUUAGCUGGAUUAAGAUAUAGCCAUACGACUAAACAGAAACUCGCAGCUCUAUUCAUGUAACAGCUGCUGGCACAUGGACAUGCAACCUUCAUCUCAUUUGAUCAACUGUGGAAGGAAAAUGAGAGCUUGCGCAAAAUGAAAGCCUAGGAAACAGUCCCACUUGUUCCUAUAUAUUUAACUGCUUCGCUAUCUAAAAUUUCCUCAUAGCGCUUGGAAUCCAUCCAGAAUGCUUCUAGAGCCUAUUAUUGUCACUAGGUCUUCUCAGUAGGAAGAAAAAACAGCUGCUACAAACUGUAAAUCCUAUAAUGGGUCUUACACCCAAUUCACAUUCCCUCCUGCUGUCUUAAAGGUCAACCCCAGCAGCCAGGGGCCAUCUAACACCCAGAAUCUGACUCAGGGAAAGAAAAUAGAGGGCUCAAUCCUGUAAGCUAAUGAACAGUGAGAUUCAGCCCCUUUUUCCCCAUCUAGAGAGUUAAGAAUUGGGAAAUUGGGACUAGUUUACUGUUAAUACUAAACCUGGAUUCUAGAAGAUCUUCAUGGAAAUAGCUUCAUUUCUCUGUCUGCCUUAUUCUGAUAAUAAACCCAUUUUCCAAGUGCUAAAUAAAUUGAGUUUGUAACUAAAAAACCAGGAAAUAAGCAAGCAGGAGAGAUCUGUGGUGUUGUUUGGGAAACCCCUUGGGAAGAGGCUGGAGAAAAUAGGUACCAAGUUGCUUGUGCCACCAGCUGCUUAGGAUCCAGAGAAGUAUCUCCAUUAGAGUUGGUUUGCUAGAAAGGGAACCCACCCAGCCAACUACAUACAAUUGGAAGACCCUGCAGUCUCAGUGGUGUCAAAAGACCACUGCAUCUAAUAGCUCUUCAGACUCUUUAUUCCAUUCCAUGCUUGAAACAUGACCUAAGUUAACCUGUACCUUCAGAUACAGAGUUCUUAAGUGAUUUCACUGAAGUUGACCAAUACAUUUAAAUCUAUAGGUCAAGUCUGACUUCAGGUUUGCACCAAAAACUACUUAGCUACUUUUUGGAUGUCUUGAGAUAACAAGGGAGAGGUGGGAAAAGAACUGUUUGUAGAGGCAGAAGUGAGAGUCUAAGAUCACUGAGAAGGUUCCAACAAAGAGAUUAAGACACAGUUGAGACUUUCUAAACCUGGAUCAUUUCAAAAACAUUCCACAAGAAUACCUUCUGAUUCUCCCUGCCAAACAAGUAGAAUAUGAUCUUUUCCUUUUUUUUUUCUGUUUGAUAUCAAAUUGAACUGUACCUAUUUCUUCAGUAAGUCACCUCACUCUUUUGUGUUCUAAAGUCGGAGAUGCCUAAAUCUGGCUUUCACCUAGAAUCAUAGAAAGGCAACUGAUUUUUAAGAGAUAUAAACAAUGUAUUCAGAUUUCCUUACCCUCCAUGUGCUAAACAUAGUCUGGUUACCAAACUUACCAAAGAAAUCUAUGGAGUAGAGUACUCUGAAACCCAACAGGCUCUUUUUGGCUUUUGUUUUUGCCAAGCAAAGUCUGUUUGAGUGAACUGUCUCUUGUGAGCUAUGUAAUGUCUAGAAAAGAAAAUUGUCAGUAUCCCCUACAUGUAUUGUAUGACCCUUCAUUGUUUCACAUGUGGAAUGACAAUAAUUUAAUUCCCAAAUAUUGCUCCAAGUGUUGAAUCGUGUCUUAUUAAGCAGACACAGACUUCCUUUGGUCUUUCUCAAACAAUGCCUAGGUCAAGUUCAGUGAUCCAGGAUCUUGAGUUACAAGAAUACAGUUCUUGGGUCUGUGUAGGUCUCUGUUUAAGGUCUGCAGUCCUGGUUAAAGGGAAGGGCUGGACAGAACUUUCACCAAUCUGUCAUUUCAUGUGACUAUUCAGUAUUUAUUGAGCACCUCCUGUGUGCAGGGUAUUGAGAUAUUGCUAUGUACAGAGGUUAACCCUUUGCAGAAUUUGGAUGAAGGGAAGGAAUAUAGGAAAGAGAAAACAUCUGUAAUUAGAGUCUUACAUUAACCCCAUUACAUGUUGCUCCCCCAAACGAAAUUUUAUUUUUCCAAAUUUGCAAAAGUAGCCUACAUUGAGCAGUACAGGAACUAUCCAGGAGCUAGGAAUAUACUUAAUGGGAGUAGAAAGCCCUCGAGUUUGUUGGAGGGAAACUGAGAACAGCGCAGCCACACUGGUGAUUUCUUUAAAUGUCUCCGCAGGAAAUCACACUAUGGUUCCCUUCAAGGAAAAGUAUCACAGCAAAGCUAGCCCAUUUCAUUUUUAUAAUCCCAGCUUCUUCCAAGGUUGCUUUCCAUGGCCUGAAACUAGAAGUUGUGAGGAAGAUCUGUUCCAAGGCAGGCAUGACUGGGCACUGAAUAAGCAGAUCUCUCCUGGGCUGCGAGAUCCCAGGCCUUAGGCUCCAAGGGUGCUUCCUUUCAGAUUUUGAAGACUUUCAACUGAGUCAGACUAUCUCUUCUUGCUCUACCCUCAGCAGAUAAGCCACCCAGAAAACAGGUGCUGAUUGUCAGUGAAGUUAGAUUUCAGUUUAAAUUGAGUGCAUGGUUGUUGCAAAGUGUCUGGAAGCUGCAAAGAAGCUUUGGGAUUCUGGGGUCAAGGGGGGUGCAGAGCAGAGGGAUGGCGGUGGUUGGUGACCCUGUCCCCUCUUCACUGAGAAUUCUGGCUUCUUGUCUGCCCCCAGCUCUCUCCACCUCACCUUCACCAGGCGCCACAUGCGUCAUGCUUCCGUUCUUUCCUUUUUAUCCUUCCUCCACCCCUCCUCUUGUCACCUCUUGAUCCUAUCCUGGUUCUAGCCAUGCACAAAAGCCAGCUCAAGCUUUUCUGGGGCACUUGAGACUAAAGAAUGUGCCAAUCAAGGCCUGCUGUGGAGGCCCAGGGGGUGGAGGACAUGUGAAAGAGGAGGAGUGUGAUGGGACCAAGCUCCUGACUGCCCAUACUGGGCUGUACUUCCCACUGCUCCCCAACUCCUGUGGAUGACAGGCCUGGCACCACUCGCACGAAAUCUCUGGGGCAGAAGUCUCAGAGUUUGGGGAAUUCAUCAACCUGUGGGAAGUGGCUGUGCUUUUCCAGUGCCUACUUGUUGCUGAAGGCUGGUGUCUUCCAUUGUGAUCUAUUUGAAAUUGCAGGGGUUUCUCCCUCACUACCUACCCUACCUCGUUCAUGUUCACUGGAGCCUAGAGUGCCGAAAAGUAAAAGGACAAGGCAACCUCAGCCCUCUGUUCAAAUGCAGACUGGGCUCAACACCAUGCCAGCAACUGGUCCUGGAAGAGCAGAGGCAGGGUCAGAGCACCUGCCAGGUGCCCUGAGACUACUAGGCUGAGCCUGCCACCAGGAGCAAAGCCAUCCAAAGUGGUGAUGGGCUGGAGUGGAGCUCAAACCAACACAUCAGAACCUAUUGUCUGCAAACCAGUUGAAAACAAAGCCAUUAUUUAAAAUUAAAUGAUGUAAACAUCACUGUUUCAAAAAAGCAGGUAAUUAAAUAUUCAAACCAUCACUUUCUGUGUAUUUUACACUCUGAUGUUAUCCAUGCCCUUGAGGUAAUGGACAUCCUACUGUUCUGUGGGGCCCCAGAGGGUGGUGUGCUCCUGUGCACCUCCCCCCAUGGGUGGUGCUUCAAGGACAUUGUGUGGGUAGCUUGAAGUCCAAGGUGGAGAGUAUUUGCCCCCACAGAAAUUGACCAACACUGCAGAUCUUUAACCCUCCGGCAGUUGUUAAUCAUUGUCAGCUGACCACUACCUAAAGCCCUCACCAAUUCGGGGUCUCCCCCCAUAUACACAGGCCUCAAUAAACUGAGUCCCCUAGCUAGUGCGUCAGCACUGCCAAUAAGCCCAUGUGAAGGAAAGAUUGAGCAAGUCAGCCUCCCGUCGUACACAAAGGUUUCCUUCUGUGUUUGUGUCGGUUCAGAAUAGAACUCCACAGUCCAGAGACUCCACUGCUUUCUGUGGUUUUGUUCUUUCAGGCAGACUGUUUAGUACAUUGGCUAUUUUAUGCUGUACAAACAAUAAUAAGCUCUUUGAAGUUAUAACUCUAACACCCAAGUAGGUGUUCAAGAAGGAAAUUCCUACCUUGCCUUUGACAUUCGCCAGGCCUGACAAACUGGCCCAAUCUCAUUUCCGCAACGGUGAUUAUGUAGUUAUUGUCUCGGAUCUGUGUCUUCAAUCAGACAGAAGGAAAAAGCCAUGUUCUUUCUUGGUAUGUGCUUCCACAGCACCCAAACACACUCCUAUGCCCUUACCCUGCCCAGGAUCGUGUUGACGGGAUCCUACUCCCUUUACUAACAUCUAGACGCUGUAAAUAACAUCCUGGGAGAGUUUUUCCUUCAGGUGCAGCUCUGUUUCGGACACAUGCCAAACCUACAAUCCCCUCUCUUUGCAAUGAGAUCUUGGCAGUAGCCCUGUGCUUGGUAUGGUUUGGUUUUGUCUUAUUUCUUGUCUGUCUUUCCUGUUCUGUAAGACUUGCUUUGAAUGUUCCCACUCCCUCUUUGUACUGUAUAUAUGUGCUGCAUGUGUGAACCCCAAUAUAUUCUGUUUCAGGUUUGUGGAGUUUUUAUCUUAAGUAUAGCUGGUUGUGAACUCAUCUUUCUGGUAUGCUCUGUGUCUGAUUUGCGAUUGCCAAAAUGUUUGACCAAGUGUGUUUUAACAAUGUCCUUGAGAUAGCCAUGCGUAUCCCCAUGAAAGGGCAUGCUCCGUGUGGGGUGACUCGUAUACAGCAUAAAUCUAUCCAGUGUGGAAGUGUGUAUACAUUUAUAUGCCAGAUACCUAACAUCAUGUAACAGCUGCAAAGACAUUUACUGUACAUCAGAUUAAUAAAAGAGGAUUUUUUGCUCCAUUAUAUUCAAAUAAAGAUUGCCGUGUGACUGCCUUC